ACUUCCGGGGCACUGUUUUGCUCGCGCGUUAACAGCUAUAAUUUUUCAAAUUGUUGUCUUCCAAUUUGUAAUGUGGUUUAAAGCCAGCUGAUUUUUCAUUUUUAUGACUUGACACAUCAUAGUUUUGCAUCAUUCUCAAACAUGUUACGUUUUGUGUGAGCUUUGCGUGAACUUUCAGUCGUCUAACUUGUAUUACAUUUAUUUAUUUAUUUGUUUGUUUGCAUAAUAACGAGUUCACUCCGUGUCUGAUUUGAUCCCAGUUCUUGUGAACUUGCGGUCCAGCCCAGGCUUGCAAUUGAAAUAUGCGCGUGCACGAAGAUAAAGCGACUGGCCAGUUCUCUAUCGAGUGUUUAUUCAGACAUUUUGGCUGAUUGAUUAAAUCGUCGUUUCCAGAGAUCACGUCUUGAUAGACCGUUACUCAGAGCUACCUUUGGAAUGUGGCUUUGGUGAUUGCGAUACCUGAUUUAGAGUGGCCGUCCACUCUAUUUUUUUAAUAAACAGGAACAGAGUGCGUGGCUUAGGACAUCACAUGCUGACCCAAGAGGGAGGGAGCAAGUUCCCCCUCCACUCUCCAGACAGCUAAGCCAGCUGGUCCUUCGACUGGCAUGAACUGAGCGCUUCGUAUCUGUCAAACGUCAGUAACAUGCUGUUGUGAAUGAGCGAUGGAGGAGGCGGACCCCGAGGAGCAGUUCCUCAAAGAUGCCAGGAACGGGAACCUGCAAGGCAUUCAGCGACUCCUCAUGUCCAAGAUCAAGGAGGAGGCCAAGAUUGACAUCAAUUGCAAAGGGAAGAGCAAGGCCAACCUGGGCUGGACACCUCUUCAUCUGGCCUGCUACUUUGGACACAAAGAUGUGGUGGAGGAACUGUUGAGGGCGGGAGCCGAAGUAGAUUUGCCCAACAAUGUUGGAGACUCCCCUCUUCACAAAGCAGCCUUUACUGGGAGGAAGGAGGUGGUGAUGUUAUUGUUAAAGUACAACGCUGGUCCUACUAUCAUCAAUGGGACUGCUCAGAUUCCCAAAGACGUCACCCAGAAUGAGGAGAUCAAAAGCAUGUUGGAAGCUGCGGAGAGGACAGAGGAGAGAAAACUGGAAGAGCUGCUCUUGGAUGCAGCGAGAGAGGGGGCCUUGUCUAGGCUAAUCCAACUGUUGAACAGGAAGAAGCCACCUGACAUUAAUUGCACAGACUUGCUUGGUAACACGCCUCUGCACUGUUCAGCUUAUCGUGGGCAAAAGCAGUGUGCCCUGAGGCUUCUGCAGAGUGGAGCCAACCCCAACCUCAAGAACCAAAAUGAUCAAACUGUGUUUGACCUCGUCAGUGAUCAAGAGAUGAGACAGAUCUUGGAGGGCAACAAGAAAAAAGGCAUGACGCGACAUAUUCAAAUGUUUGAAGGGAUGCUUUUAAAGAGUUCUCGUUUCUUUGGGUGGCGUAGUUAUUGGGUGGUUCUUCAGGAUGGAGUGUUGUCAUGGUAUCCCAAACAGUCAGAUGCAGAAACCUCACACAAUAGGCAAGGCUGCAAGACCUUAACACAAGCCCAUUGCAUGGUAGGUUUAUUCAUGUAGUUUUUUUGUUGCACUGAUUUAACAAUUUAAUUCCAAACAGCAUGCUGUUGAGGUGAUAUAUAUAGCACAGUCCAAAAAGCCGUAGUAGAAUAUUUUGACCAGUGCAUUGCUUUACUCAAUAUGUUAUUUCCCUUUGGGGAUCAAUAAAGGAAUCUAUCUAUCAUUAUGUUAUAGAAAGCUGGUGAGAGAAUAUAAAAAUGGGUGAGAAUUGUUUCUAGACAAUAGAGAGGUUAAGGCAUGGUUUUUGUUCUUGUAGAAAGUUUUCUAAUGUUUCAAUUGGGAUAAACUAAUUUGCAUGGUUAAUCCAUAAACAGAUUGACUGGAAAAUGUGAGCA